CUCGCUGGUGAGAGCCACUUAAGUGACAGUCUCGUCCCCCACAGAUGGGGGUGUAGUCAGAACACGACUGAAUACAUUAAACGCCCGGCUGUCACGAGUUUAGCGUUGUAUUCGUACUACCGCUGCCAUUCGCGGUCUCGGAGUAGUGUAAUAUGUGACGUCUUGGUUACUUUGACACGACCAGAUGGCGGCUGGCUGCUGCUAAUCUACUUAGGAGCGUGCGUGUGUGUGUGUGCGGCUUGUUUGCACCGGCAGAGACGAGACGAGACGAGGAGGAAACGAGCCCUCAAACUUCUGUUUUGUUUUCUUGCCAUUUGUUUGUCUUAAAACCAGAAAUUGAACAGAGGAAACUAUUCCAAGUCGAUAAGGGCAAUUUUUUGGGUAGGUGUUUGGCUACAAAUCCAGGUAGCUAAUUACCCCGAAGUACGUUGAAUCAACAAGUUGGACUUUUUAUGGAUCAACACAACAUGUAAAUGCGGACGGAGCCUUUUGUCACGGAAGGUUGUGAAAUCCUAGCUAUCAUGCGAAGGCUUUGGUUGUGGCUGGUGUGUGCGGUGGACACAGCCAGUGCAACCGAGACCUAAGCUUUGCACCUUCACCCUUGAGGGCACUGGCCUGUAGAAAAAAUGUCUCUGUAACCCUGCAACCAUGACACCAUGCCAGUCAUCACUUAUUCAAGCGCUGUUGGGAGGCUUCCAAGGCAUCUCCAACUUCUGGAACAUCCCACUGGCCUCAGGAAUGUUCCUAAAAUUUGUGUUGUCUCACAAUGUAGAACCUCAGGUUCUGUCAUCUUUUAGGGUCACGGGAGUACACAAAAAUGACAGAAUAGGAAAGUUACAAAUGAAGAGGGGAACAUGGAGCACAAGAACUAGUCAAAUGAUUGGAAGACGACACGAAUUAUGGAUUGACUGUAACUGGGAAGUUGAUGAAGAUGCUGCUGGGUUUCCAUUAAUGGGAGUGGCAAGAGAUGAUCAACUCCGGCGGGACAAAAACAAGAGCAGGAGCUAUGGAUGUCCUGUGAAAAACUGUACAGAACAUGUAAAGAGCGACGAUAUAAUGUUGGUGAUGAGGUGGCAACCCAUCUUCCUCUGCAUAUGUUUCCUCUUCAUCGGUCUCUGUCCAAAACCUGCUUUAUCACAGGGACAUUUCCCACCAAUGGAGAACAUUGCUGCCUUCAAACCCGUGUCCACCUCCCCAGCUCGUUCUACCUGUGGGGUUCCGGAUCGGAGUGUCUAUUGCCAGACAGAUUCCUCACAGGCUGAGCUUCUGAUUUGCCAUCAGGCCUCCUGUGACCAGGAGUGUCCCUAUAGAUCCACUAUCCCACCUUAUGCCCCACUACUACUGCUUGCCUACAGGGGUGCAUGCAUCACAGAAGACUCUACAGACACACGUCCUACACUCCAUCAGACAUCAGAGUUGGACAGUUUGACCACCUCUAUGUCAAGUGGGGUUUCAGCUGUAUCCGGUAGUGUUAUGUUUCCUCAAGUCCAGCAGGAAUGUCUGCUGUCUCCCCCCUCUCAGAAACUGGGAGCUUUGGGAUCCCUCACCCUAGCAUUAUGGAUUAAACCAAGCUCUCCAGGAGAGAUGAUACUGCUGGAGAAAAACUCGGGGGACCAGUUAGUCUUUUCAGUGACAGUGUCGGAACAGGUUGUGAGUAUGCAGUACACUCAGUCCAGAAGUUCAACUCCGCUGACCAUCAGCUUCAGAACAGAGGGACGACUUGUGACGGACAGGUGGACCCACAUUGUUUUACAGGUGCACGACAGACAUGUCAGUCUUUUCCUGAAUGGGCUGGAGGAGGAUGGGACACCCUUUGAGACCCAAUCACUGGCCACCAGAUUGAAUGACAGCAAUGAGGACAGCACCAUGAGGGUGGGACUCGGUUCCAAAGGGUCCAAUCAGUACAUGGGCCGGAUGCAGGACUUUAGAUUUUAUCCUGACACUUUGACCAACAGGGAAAUAGUGGAGAUUUAUUCAGGUGCCCUGCCACAGCUCCAUUCCCAGUCUGAGUGUCGCUGCCCUCCCACUCAUCCCAGAGUGCAUCCUUUAGUAGAACGAUAUUGUAUCCCCAAUGCUGUUGAGGACACCACCAAUGACAGAGUCUUAAGACUAAACCUCAUUGCACAUCCACUCGCUUACAUCAACGAUCAGGACAUGGGCACAGUGUGGCGCUCAAAGCUCAUGACCACACAGGAAUUGGACAAAGGAUUCACAAUUACUGUGGAUUUGGCAAAUGGACAGUACCAGGUAUUCUAUGUCAUAGUUCAGUUUGGUGGCCCACUGCCUGAGUCACUUUUGAUCCAAAGGCAAAGACUCCCUGAUCGACAGAACAGCACCAACAGAGAGCAGCCCUGGCUGGACUGGCAGUAUGUGGCUCAAGACUGCAGUGUGUUUGGAAUGCAGAACAAUGGGCCACUGCUGACACCGGACUCAGUCAACUGUCUCCAACUGCCCAGCGAGGUACACUACUCUGGAGGUAACAUCACAGUCAGCCUGCUGAGCCCAGAGCCAAACAUGAGGCCAGGCUACAAUGAUUUCUACAACACCCCCACCCUUCAGAAGAUGGUAGAUGCCACUCAGGUACGGCUACACCUUAGGGGACAAUACUACACCAGAGCAGCCGGAAUGGACCAGCGACAUAGACAUUAUGCCAUCAAAGAAAUCACCAUCAGUGGCAGAUGUGAAUGUCAUGGCCAUGCAGAUCACUGCGAUACCAGCGUGUCCCCCUAUCGCUGCCUGUGUCUGCCUGAAAGUCACACUGAGGGAAACAAUUGCCAGCGUUGUGCGCCCCUCUACAAUGACAAACCCUUCCGGCCAGGUGAUCAGCUCCAGCCAAUGAACUGUCGGCCUUGCCAGUGCAAUGGCCACGCCCACUCCUGUCACUAUGAUGCCUGGGCUGAUGACCAACCAACGGAACAAUAUCUGGGAGGAGGAGGAGUCUGUGACAACUGCAUGCAGAAUACAAUGGGUAGGAACUGCGAGCUCUGUGUAAGUGGCUUUUUCAGGCUGGAGCAAUCAGAUCCUGCUUCAAUCCAUGUGUGCCAGCUCUGCUACUGUCACACUGCUGGCACUCUCAAUGGCAGCACUGAGUGUUUCCAGGUUGGAGGCCAGUGUCAGUGUAAGGCUGCUGUAACGGGGCGGCGCUGCGCAGACUGCUCACCUGGCUUUUAUGGUCUUCACGCUUCCAAUCCAGAGGGCUGCACUCGCUGUAAAUGCAGCGAAAUAGGUGCCAUCAGCUCCUCCACAGGAAGUGUUGCCAGCUGCAACCAGCAUACAGGCCAGUGUCAGUGCAAAGCGCAUGUGACAGGCCUGCCUUGCAAUCGUUGUGAAUUUGGUUAUUGGAACCUGUCCCGCUCGGACGGCUGCAUCCCAUGCGACUGCGACCCCUCGGGAUCCCUCAGCCCGUUCUGUGAGCCCGAGGGGGGCCAGUGUGCGUGUAAGCCUGGGGUGGGGGGCCAGCGCUGUGAUUCAUGUGGCCGUGGUUUGACUGGUUUGAGGCUGGAGGGAACCUGCAGCGCCUGCAACUGCUCAAUAGAAGGAACAGUACCUGGGACAGACUGUGAUCCUCACACAGGCCAAUGUGUGUGCAAGGAAUAUGUGGAAGGCCAUCUCUGUGACUCUUGUCGUCAUGGUUACCACACCUUGGAGCUCCGAAACUCCCUGGGUUGUCUGCCGUGCGCAUGUGACAUUAACGGCACGGUGCCGGAGGGAAUAUGUGAUAUGGGGACCGGACAGUGCCCGUGCAGAGACGGGGUGGAGGGGAUGCAGUGCACCAACUGUGCCCGCAACUAUUUUCACACAAGUUCAGAUAUACAGAACGGGUCAUUCCAGGGCUGUGCACAGUGUACAUGUGACCCAAGAGGAACAGUGGCUGGCUCAGUGUGUGACAGCACCACCGGGCAGUGUGUGUGCACGCCAACACGCUAUGGAAAAGACUGCAGGACAUGCCAACCUGGUUUCUACCUUUCCCCAGAUCAGACUAUGUGUGUGGAGUGUGACUGCCAUCCAAUGGGGGCAGUACAACGCAAGUGUGAAAGCCAAACUGGCCAGUGUGUGUGUGCCCAUCCCUCGGUGGGAGGGCGACGCUGCGACCACUGUCGGGAGACCUUCUUUGGAUUCAACCCUGGCCUGGGAAGAUGUCAACCAUGUGCAUGUGACCCUGUGGGCAGUGUCAAUGGCUCCUGUACUUCAGAUUUAGGAGUGUGUGAGUGUAAACCGCUGGUUACUGGGGACAAAUGUGAUGCAUGUCAACAUGGAGCAAGCCAUUUACGUGCAGAGAACGUCUAUGGCUGCAGUAAAGCCCCAUCGCAGCAACCUGCCCCUGUAGCCUUUUUUCUCAGCUUUUCUUCCAUUAAUCUGACUUGGCAUCAGCCUGACUCCCCAAACUCAAACACUCUCAACUACACUCUCAUGAGGGACUGGCAAGCUGUGCACAGCAUACAGCGCAGCUAUCCUUUCGGCCCUGAAUUGUUCACAGAUGCUGGUUUGUCUCCUUACACGAACUAUUCCUACUGGCUUAUUACGGCUAAUGUAGCCGGUGAGACCAUUAGUGCAACUUCUUCGUACCAAACUUUAGGAGCUCCACCUGAAUUGGACCUGCUCCAUUUAAACCUUGUGGGACGACCUGGCCCCACCAGUGCUAGCUUUAACUGGAGUGCACCACCGAAUAACACAGGCCCAGUGGAGCGGUUUGUAUUGUCCUCCACAGAGUCUUCUAGCGGAGCACAGCCUGUCAUCCACUACACAGGUUUAUUGACUGAGGCAGUGGCAAGUGGCCUAAAAGCCUUCACCCAGUACACUGUCACUCUGCAGGCAUGUUCAUCUGGAGGCUGCACUUCUACUUUACCUUUGUCACUUCUGACAGCUGCUGCCCUCCCACAAAACCAAUCCGCUCCCAAGGUCACUGCCACCGGACCUCACACUCUGUUCGCUUCAUGGGAGCCUCCCGCUCAGCCAAACGGAGUUAUCACAAGGUAUGAGCUGUUUUUACGGGGGCUGGCAGAGCCUCACAGCCUGUCAACUCUGACUGGUGAAAAAAGAGUUUUUGUCAGCACUGGAUGGCUGGAUCCAAGCACCCCGUCUCAAGCGCAGCUCAUCAAUAGGAGCACAGCUUUUCCCCCUGAGAGCAGUACCAUUGUGACCAGCCUGCAGGCAUUUUCCACCUAUCAGAUGAGAGUCGUUAGCGUCAAUAUGGCAGGAAAUGUCACAUCAGGGUGGACCACCGCACGCACAAUGGAGGGAGUUCCAGAGUUGAUGCCUCCUCCAGAUGUGACUGCACUGUCCUCCACCAGUCUUAAGGUCACAUGGAGUACUUCUGAAGGUCAAGGGGUCAUUGCCAGAGGGCAGGUCAUAGAAUAUUGUGUCAGUUUGGAGACUGAACAGACCAACAUCUAUGCUCCUCCAGUUGUUAGCCAAGUCUUGCAGCGGUUUGGACCCUCAGCCAAGCCCCUUUAUAUAGUAAAAGGGUUGAAGCCUUACCAUGUGUACAACUUUACUGUGACACUUUGCACUAAAAAAGGCUGCGUUACCAGCCUUGCCAGGUCUGGUCAGACCCAACCAGCAGCUCCAACAGGACUUUCCCCACCUCGACUAUUCCCAGUCAAUGAAACCACUAUUCAGAUAGAGUGGGAUGUCCCAUCUCAACUCAAUGGACCACAUCCAAUGUACCAGGUGGAGAGGACAGACGUUUCUGUUUCAGACCCCCAAGGUCCUUUCAUCAGAGGUACCAGGUUCUCUGGCACUGGUUACUACCAGUUUCCCAGUGACUCCCUGCCUUUUAACACCGACUUCAAUGGUGUUGAAUUGAGUUUCAAGACUCACUCUCCAGAUGGCUUGCUGGUCUGUGCCCUGUCUCCUGGAAAUCAGGAAGAAUUUCUGGCUAUCCAGAUAAAAAACGGACGUCCCUACUUUUUGUUUGACCCUCAGGGCUCAGUGGUGACUGUGAGUGCACAAGGGGAUGGGGGGCGACACUACAACGAUGGAAAAUGGCACCACAUCAUAGCAACAAGGCGAGGGGCCGUGGGAACAAUCGUUGUGAACAAUCAAUACAGAGGAAGUUCUUCAGCCUUCAGUGGCAGCACUAUAAUUGGUGAGAAUACAGGAGUGUUCAUUGGAGGACUGCCGGAAGAUUUAACUCUGCGACGGACAGAUUCAGGGGUUGCCCGACUGAUGCGACAGGGUUUCUCUGGUUGCCUGAGAGACGUGCGUUUCAAGAUGACUGACAGCCCCUCGGAUGAGUGGACAUCUCUGGACUGGACAAAAGCCACAAAUAAAAUAUCAGCCUGUGAAAGCUGGGAGGGAUGCCCGAUUCAUACUGUGGAUGGAGCCCAUUUUCUGGGUCAUGGUUACCUGGAGUUAAACAGAGAUGUGUUUCGUGGAGGACAGGACUUUGACAUCUCAAUGGAGUUUAGAACAGACCAACUCAAUGCACUUUUGCUCUUUACAUACAACACACAGACUGAUGAUUAUAUGCUGGUGGAGCUGAAGGGUGGCCUCCUGUCAUUCCUUCUCUCCACCGGAGGUCACGUGACUGAGCUUAGCAUGUGGGUGGGGCUUAGCUACUGUGAUGGACACUGGAAGCAGCUUUCACUGGCAAAACACAGCGCACUCAUCUCUGCUGCUCUCGAUGACUGGGCAGAGGAGACGAGGGGAGCAGGAGCAGCAGGGAGGCUUAGCGUUGACUCACCAUUAUACCUGGGUGGGGUGCCUACUCAACUCACACACACUGCUCUGGACAUCCACAGUCUCAGACACGGUUUUGGAGGUUGCAUGAGAGGCCUCACCAUUCAAAGUGAUAAAACAACCUCUCCUGUCAGUCAAAGUGUUCAUCUCUCUGUAGCCUCGGGACGCGCUGUUAGAAUCUACCUCGAUGGUUGUCCUAACAGUGAAAGUCGUUACAACUGCCGGGGCAAUGAUUCAGUGUUGGCCUUCACUGGUAGAGAGACGCAUGCCUUUGAUUACAGUCUGCAGCCAUUCACUGAAUACUUGUACAGAAUUAUAGCUUUGGGCGCAGGAGGAGGGACAGCCUCCCCUUGGCAGAGAGGACGCAGCCGCGGCAAAGUUCCAAGCUACAUUCCACCUCCUUCUGCAGUGCAGAUUUUGAAUGGCUUCAGUGCCAAGGUGAGCUGGGCUCCACCUACUGGUGAUGUCAGAGGUGUGAUUGACAGGUAUGAGUUGCGAGCCUACAAGAGGGAGCAGCCAGAGAUGCCACCACUUAAAGCCAUAUACCCGGCUAAUGGCAAUUUCACAGGUGUGUUGUUUGGUCUUACUCCGUCCACGCAGUACGUGGUCACUGUAAGUGCUUGUAUUGCGACUGGCUGCACAGAGAGUUUUCACAAUGACAACGCUGAUGUUACUGAUUUGAGAUCACUUCUGAAAACACCAGAGGAAGCUCCUGAUGCUGUUUCUCCUCCAACUGCACUCUCAACACCCGCUGCUCUUUUUGUCACCUGGAAACCUCCAGCAAGGCCCAAUGGAGUAAUUACAGAGUACCGUCUCUAUCGAAAUAACCAAAUGGUCUACAGUGGGGAGGAGAGACACCAUAACAUUACUGAGCUUGGCAUCUAUACUGCUCACGUCAUGGUACUGUCUGCAUGCACUGCGGUGGGAUGCACCAACAGUUCAAAGGUCACAAUGUUGACCUCUCAGCUUCCUCCCGGGCCUCUACAAGCGCCAACUCUGACCUUCCUCGACUCACGGACCAUCCUGGUGGAGUGGUCUCGACCUUUUCAGGUCAAUGGUGUUCUGGAGUUCUAUUCCAUCUUCGUUGCACAGGGUGAGACAGAGCCCACCAUAGUCCACAACAGUUCAGGACUUGUUGAAGACCACACGCUCCGCAACCUCACUCCUGGCACGGGCUACACCAUCACAGUUGCUGCUUGCACAGGCGGUGGCUGCACCCGAAGCCCCCCUGCGCAGGCUGUUACUGAGGAAAGCACCCCAGAGAAUGUCCCAGCACCACUGGUCACCCCUUUGUCACCACAUGCACUGAACGUCAGCUGGACAGCUCCUGAUACUCCAAAUGGCAUCAUAACGAGCUAUGGCCUUUGGAUGGAUGGUGUUCUUAUAUCAAACUCCAGUUCCUCCCAGAACUUCGUAGUGGUGAAGGAGCUUUCUCCAUGGAGCAGACACAUAUUCAGGCUUCAGGCCUGCACAACGCGUGGCUGUGGGAAGGGACCAAUGGUGGAAGUACGCACAUUAGCGAGGGCCCCAGAAGGCCCCAUACUGCUAGAAUUGACCAACCAGAGCUCUCGUUCAUUACGAGCCCGCUGGACUGCUCCACCAAGACCCAAUGGCUUCAUGAGAUACACACUCUACUGUAAAAGUGCAGAUGGCGAUGUGGUGCUGGACGGAGGCACAGCAGCCAGUAGGUGGUUGACUUUGACGGACCUGCAGCCGUACACCAACUACAGCUUCUGGGUCGAAGGUUGCAACACACAGGGCUGUGUCGAGAGCCUGUCGCUUAAUGUUACAACAUCUCCAGCAGCUCCAGACGGAUUGUCCACCUUGAGACUCACUUGCGCAACAAGCACCAGUCUAAAUGUGUCUUGGUCCGAACCAACACACUCGAAUGCCCCGGGCCCUCUUCACUACAGUCUACAAAUGAGGACAUCACCCCAGACACCCAUGAUAAGGCUCCUGGAAAAUGUGACGGAUGCUUUCUCCUUUUACGUGCCGGGUCUCUCUCCAUACACCCAGUAUCUAUUCCGACUGGUAGUCUCACACACAUAUGGACAGACGACAGGCGCCUGGGAAGCCCUCCGCACAGCAGAGGACAGUCCAGGUCCACUCGACCCUCCGACUGUUGCAAGGCUUCAUUCUCGAAAUGUUACAGUCAUAUGGGUCCCACCCCCUCAACCAAAUGGCAAGAUACAAAGUUACAGCCUCUAUCUACAAUCUGGCUCUUUCGCUGCUUUAUAUAACAAACCUGGUGCCAAUUUGGAACCCAACUCAAGCUUCAGUUCUAACCCAAGAGCGGAUCUUAAAAAUAUUUACUCAAGUCAAAACCUGAAGCCAGCAUCAGGUGUUACCAUGCCUGCUUCAGAACGACACCUAUCAAAGGGCAUCCACACUCCAGAAUCCACUUAUACGAGUCAAGGCACUGGCCCAAACCUAUUACAAUCUAUUGAACCCACUGCCAUUGCAGGGUUGAACCAAAGACCUGCAGUGUCACAUCAAGGAUACACUUCAAGCAGUCUGAAUGUUGAGCAUUUAAUCAAGCAAGAUGUCCUCCACUCCACCAAUUCACCAAACUUUGGUUCAGGAUUUAGUCCAUCCCCUUCAUCAGUCAAGAUUUCUGGGAGCACCACAAGCUACACUUUCCUUCAUCUCGUGCCAUACCACUCCUACAACAUUCAGCUGGAAGUCUGCACCAGUGUGGGUUGUUCAGUGUCCAAAACUGUACACUUUCGAACCUUGCCUGCUCCUUCUGAAGGCCUCCCCGCACCUCAUCUUUAUUCUGACACCCCCACCUCGGUUCUCCUGUCCUGGGGUGCACCACAGAGUCCCAACGGACCUUUGGAGAGAUCUUUUCCCCCCUCUGAAUCUUGGCAAAGGUGGCUGAUUGAACGCAGAGUUGCUGGAACAGAGCAAAUCUCCACAGUAGGCCAUCUUCCUCCAGACCCUCUUCCUCUUUCCUUUCUGGACUCCUCAUCAGCACUUAGUCCUUGGACAAGUUACCACUAUAGACUUGUUCUCCAGAAUCAGGCUGGAAGUUCCACAGGGCCUUGGGUAGGUAUCACCACCAGACCUUCCAGACCUGCUGGUGUGACACCGCCGAGGGUGAAAGUAUUGGGACCAGAGUCACUACAGGUCACAUGGGCUGCACCUUUGAUUCCCAACGGCGAGAUCCAAGGUUACGAGAUCCGUCUCCCAGAGCCCCGCAUCAUCCACAAUGGCGGCAACACGUCUGAGCUUGAUGUCACAAUAACAGACCUAGUUCCUUACACAAACUAUAGCGUUACUGUGCUGGUGUGUUCCAAGGGGGGUGGAUAUGUUGGUGGAUGCACAGAAAGUCUGCCCAUUCCAGCUUCCACAUUACCCAGCAACCCCCAGGGCCUAGCACCGCUGUCAGUGGUGGCCGUCAGUGAGUCCUUCCUUGCUGUCUCUUGGCAACCUCCACACAGGCCCAAUGGACCAAAGAUCCGAUACAAGUUGCUACGACGUAAAAGCCACCAGCCGCUGGCCGUCACUGCGGUCGCCAUAGUAACGGCCCCAUCCCAUAACCCUUCCGAAGAUCUCCAUCGCUGGCUCCAUGUUUACUCCGGCACCAAAUUGUUCUACCAAGAUAAAGGCCUAAGCAGAUUCACCCACUACCAGUAUCAGUUGGUAGUCCACAAUGAUGUGGGGUUCACUUCAGGAGAGAUUGUCACUGCGGUCACCAUGGCUGGGAUUCCUCUCCACAGUCCAACUCUGUUUGCAUUUGCUGUCAAUCACACAGCACUUCACGCCAACUGGACACCACCCUCCUUGUACAACCUGCAGGGUGAAGUGAAGUCAUACUUUCUUACAGUCAUCUCUGCCAACUCGAGACAAAACGUUGUCUUUCCCCCGGAAAUCCUCUCCACAAUGGUGACUGACCUUUGGCCCCAGACCACCUACACGGUGUCAUUACACGUGUCUAAUGGAGCACAUAAUACAACUAAGUCGAUAGUUAACGUCACAACAGAGGAUGGAGAGCCAGAUGGGAUGUCUGCCCCAGAGGUGGUUCCAGUUAACAGCAGCACUGUCCGUGUGCUCUGGUCUCCUCCUCAACGACCCAACGGAGUCAUUACUAGUUACAGAGUUUACCUUGAUGACCACAAACAUGUCAGCAUAGACAACAGCUCAGGGUCCUACCUGCUGGGCAAUCUGCUGCCUUUUACUGUUUACAACGUUCAGGUGGAGGUGUGCACCGUUUAUGCAUGUGUGCGGAGUAAUGUUACUCAGACAACCACUGUGGAGGACCUACCUGCUGACAUGACCAUACCACAUGCACAAGCUCUCAGUCCAAGGGUUGUCCAGUUGGACUGGUCCCCCCCAGGCCGACCAAGUGGCAUCAUGCUGGGUUAUGAGGUCUUAAGACGGACCUUAGGGUCAUGUGGUUCUCGGUCAGCAGGAGUCACACCCUAUGUGAGGAAAGAGUCCAGAGAUGCAGGCAGUGUAGUUCUCAGUUGCUCCUACUUGCAGUGUCCAGCUAGUCAUCGUGUGUGCGGGACGACAUGCUUCCACCCUGACCAACAGGUUUGCUGCACUGGAAUAUUAUAUCCUAAAAUGCCAAAUCAUUACUGCUGUGCAGGACACUAUAUUAGCUUUACAAAUUCCUCCAGUCCAGUCUGCUGCAAUGGCAAACUGUUGCCAUCUCUCCCAGACCACCACUGCUGUGGAGGAUAUUAUGUUCACCUGAAAGCUAAUGAAUAUUGCUGCCCCGACCACUCGCAGGGCUGUGUCUCAGUGGGGCCUGGGGACAGCUGCUGUGGGGGCGCUCCCUACGCCACCAAAGGCGGACAGCUGUGCUGCAGUGGGAGCCUCCACGAUGGCUAUGGGGUUCAGUGUUGUGGAGGCCACAUUGUAGGUGAUGCUCUGGUCUGCUGUGGUGGUGCUGAGGAGGGUCAAGUGCAUACAUACAUUCCAGGUUUUUCCUGCUGUGGUCAAGAGUACAUCAACUCUUCUACGUCUCUCUGCUGCUUGGGCAGUGAUGGAGUUCCAACAAUACAUCCAUCGGGCAAUACCACAGUCAAAUUGCAGUGUUGUGGGUCAAAGGUUGUACUUCAAGAACAAGAAUGCUGCAAUGGAAUUGGUUUUGACGCGCAACGGCAUGUGUGUGCCAGCAGGCCCACACCAGGCCUUUUGAUGGAGAGUGGCUGUUUGCAGGGUGCUCUAUGUCCUGUGUCUGCAUCCUCCACAGCUUACUGUGGCUCCUGUGACAUUGAGCCAUCUACGACUGCCUGCACAUGGGUUCUGUCUGCACAUGUUGACGCUCCCUCCGCUACACACACCCAUACAAUCACUGCCACAUCUGAAGCACUCAUCACAGGGUCCUACACACAUAAAAACAUCAGUCAUCUGCACAAUGGCAUUCUGAGUUAUGAACGGAGUUUGUGCCCGUCCCAUGAGGAGGCAGUGUACAGCGGAGAUGCCAAAAGAUACACUUAUACAGAUUUGGACUUGGAGCCCUUCACCACCUACGAGUACAGAGUGAGGGGCUGGAACAGCUUUGGCCGGGGCACCAGUGACGUUAUCACGGUGACCACCGCUGAAGACAAACCAUGGGGGGUACCCCCUCCUCGAUGGAGACGUCUGGAUGAACGGAGUGACAUCAUCCAGUGGCAUUGGCAAACACCUGCUAAACCUAAUGGAGUCAUUACCCACUAUGUGAUACUGCGUGAUGGACAAGAGCGCUACCGUGGCCAAGAGAAUAGUUUCACAGACAUGAGUGGGAUCAGACCCUUCCAAGAAUUUACUUACCAGCUACGGGCCUGCAACAGGGCUGGUUGCACUGAUAGUACAAAGAUGAUAGCAGUAACAGUUCAAGGAGUCCCAGAGGGGGUGCAGUCUCCAGCGGUAAGAGCGUUGAGCCCCUCCUCUCUUCAAAUGAGCUGGUUCCGACCUGCACGUCCCAAUGGAAGAGUGCAGCGGUAUCACCUGAACCAGACCGGUGUUGGCACCAUAUUUACACACACAGAGGCACCUGGGAAUUAUACAGCGACUGGUUUGCAGCCAUUCACAGGCUACACUUUUGUACUAGUGGCCUGCACAGCUGUGGGAUGUGGCACCAGUUCACCUUCCACAGGACGCACCCUGCAAGCCGCUCCCACUGGUGUGUGGUCGAGGCCCAGACACGUGAUAGUCAACUCAUCUGUGGUGGAACUGUACUGGCAUGAGCCGGCCAGGCCCAAUGGACUUGUCUCCCGGUACAAACUGCGCAGAGGCGGUCACACUAUUUUUACCGGAGACUACCGUGACCAGAAUUAUACUGACACUGGACUCCUGCCGAACCGCAGGUAUGUUUAUGAACUGGAGGCCAUCACAGGCGGCGGUACUGGUUUGAGUGACAAAUAUGUUAUAAAAACACCAUACUCAUGCCCCUCUGGGAUCCCAGCUCCACACAAUGUGACAGUCACCGGCCCCCACUCCAUCUCCUUGGCCUGGACCCCUCCUGCCCGCUUCAACAUUAGCCAUUCUGUAAGCUACAACAUUCUGUUGAAUCCUGGAAGUGGAGCUGCCACAAUACAUCCCACAGGCCAAGAGCUGAAGCUCACUUUGAGAGUUCUUCAGCCCUUCACCACCUAUUAUAUCCGAGUGCAGGCUUGUCAGAGUGGGGGUUGUGGUGUAGGAGAGGGUGUGUAUGUUCGGACUUUAGAAACUGCACCAGAAUAUUUAUCGCCACCCUCAGUAACUGCAGCCGGUGCAACUGUCCUGGAGAUCCACUGGGCUCCCCCCAAAAAACCCAAUGGCAUCAUCACCUCCUACCAUAUAUACAGGUCCCCAGUGGAAACCGAGGAUGAACUGCUGGUUUUCAUCUGGUCUAGUGGACCACUAGAGUUUUUCGAUGCCAGCCCAUCCUUGCAGCCCUUCACCUACUACCAGUACAGGCUUCAAGCCCACAACUCUAAAGGCUCUGUUCUGAGCCAGAGGACGUUAGCCCAGACCCUGUCGGCACAGCCAAAAGAUAUGACCCCUCCCACUGCCACACCCACUGGUGCAUACUCUAUUCAUCUGAAAUGGACUGGACCAAAACAGCCCAACGGUGUAAUUUCUCACUAUAAAUUACUUUACAAGAAGCACCAGCUGGACCCGACUUUGAGCUCACCGGCAGUGUCUGCGCUCACUGUGGAGGGUUCAAUCCUAGAAGCAAACAUAUUUGGCCUUGAGCCCUACAGCAAGUAUAGUCUACAAGUGGAAGCUGUAAAUGAAGCAGGCAGUGUGUCAAGUCCGUGGGUAGGCUCGAUGACCCUGGAGGCUUCUCCUGCUGGACUGGCUAAAUUCAGUGUGGAGCAGGAAGAGCGGGGCAGGUCGUUGGUGCUCAACUGGGAUCCACCAAGUUCUCCAAAUGGCGUCGUCACGAUGUACAAUUUGUACAGUGAGGGCAACCUGGAGUUCAGCGGACUCUCACGCAACUUCCUGUUUCGUCGCUUGGAGCCGUGGACCGCGUACACUCUAACUCUUGAAGCCUGUACGUCAGCUGGGUGCACACGUAGCUCCCCUCAGCAUGUCACCACUGCUGCCGCACCGCCAGCCUCGCAGCCCCCUCCAACAACUCUUUCCGUCAGUUCAGACCACGUGUCGCUCACCUGGGGACCUCCCGCUCAGCCGAAUGGGCCCAUUGACGAUUACUACUUACUGGGAAGAAGUAUGGAUCAGGUGGGGAGGGGUAGAAGCAGAGAGGAGGAUGCUCAAAGAGAGAAAGUGCUGUUCAGACAGUCUUCUCCACAAGAAAAUGACACUUUCUCCUACACAGUGAUUGGGUUGCGUCCUUGGACUCAGUAUGGGUUUGCCGUACGUUCUCACAACGCCGCCGGCCACACCCACAGCUCCUGGUUAAGCGUGACAACCAGGCAGGCACCCCCUCGCGGCCUAGCCCCACCGACUGUGAGUCUCCUUCAGGGUCGACCCAGUGAAGUGUUGGUGUCAUGGACUCCUCCUCUGGAACCCAACGGUGUGCUCCAGUCUUAUAGGAUCCAGAGAAACAAUAUGAGCUUCUCCUUUAGCUUUGACCCGACGGUGCUCAGCUACACUGAUGAGGAUCUUCUUCCCUUUGCAAGCUAUAGCUAUUCAAUCAUAGCCUGCACAUCUGAGGGAUGCAUCAAAAGCCCUUACACUAACAUUACCACCUUAGAGGCUCCACCCGCCACCGUGGCGCCUCCCACGGUGAACUUCAUCACAUCCAACAGUAUGAACAUUUCCUGGACUAAGCCACCCACCCAGAAUGGGGAGGUGACUGAAUAUGUUCUCAAAGUAAACAGUGAGGAGGCUUAUCGUGGUAGAGACAUGAAGACCGUUCUGGUACGCCUUCAUCCUCACAUGUCCUACCAGCUGGUACUGUUGGCGUGCACCAGUGGUGGAUGCACCGCCAGUGCAACAACAUCGACUGUGACAAAGGAGGCUCCUCCCUUGGACAUGCCCACCCCCUCUCUAAAGGUCACUGGUCCUGAGUCAGUAGAAGUAAGCUGGGGACCACCACAGAAUCCCAAUGGCAUCAUCACAGGCUACGAACUCCGCAGAGAUGGCGAUGUAAUCUACGUGGGGCCCGAGACUCAUUACCACGACUUCACUCUUCUGCCCAGUGUGGAGUACAGCUACUUUGUCAGGGCUAACAACAGCAGAGGGGCAGUGAGCAGCGCCACAGCCAAAGCAAAGACUCACCCAGCGGCUCCUUCAGGUGUCGCCCCCCCCUUGUUGUCGCCUCUGGGACCCGCUCAGGUGAAAGUGGAGUGGAACAUUCCCGCCCGUCCUAAUGGAGAUAUUAUUAGCUACACAGUAUAUCACAGAGAGCCUGUCCAGCUCAGUGUAAGCAGCACUGUGUACACUCCAGAGGGCACAGUCUUCUCCGAGAGAUGCACGACUCUGCAGGGGCUCGCUCCCUACCGCAGGUACGAGGUGAGGGUCGAGGCGUGCACCGAACUCGGCUGCUCCUCCAGCGACUGGUCAUCCAUCCUCACGCCGGAGGCUCCCCCCACUGGACAGGCGCCGCCGCUGUUAGACCUGCAAGCUGACACCCACACAGGCCUCCAGACCACCUUUUUGCUUACCUGGGCCCCUCCAGCUCAGCCAAAUGGGAGGGCCCCGUGUUACGAGGUGUACCGUAGACUGGAGCUCUCCACCAAUAGCCACAGAAAUGAUGCAGCGAAACUAGUUUAUAAUUACUCAUCCACAAGUUGCAAGGAUGAGGGACUCCUGCCAUUUACCACUUAUCAGUACCAGCUGUGGGCAGUGAAUUCAGCCGGCCGUUCUCCCAGUCAGUGGGUCAGCGGUAGAACCGGACCUGCCCCGCCUGAGGGUGUCGCUCCGCCCACUAUCCGGCUCAUCUCAGCAACCACAGCCGUGGUGGAAAUGCAUCCUCCGGCCCAGCCCAAUGGCGUCGUCAGCCUUUACCGCGUGUUCUCGCUGGACCGCAACGACAACGUUACUCUGCUCUCAGAGGGAAGAUCCCAUCAACAGACACUUUAUGGUUUACUGCCUUACACACAGUACAGGGUCGGAGUGGAGGCCUGCACCUGUUAUCAGUGCUGUAGCCAGGGACCAGUAGUUGCGCUGCGCACCCAAGCCGCACCCCCAGCCCGCCAGCCGCCGCCUCGACCCGUCACGCUGACCUCACGCUCUGCUCAGCUGGCCUGGUUUGAGCCUCUGGAGCCCAACGGAAUCAUCGAGAGCUGUGAGCUCCAUCGCAGAACAACCUGCCCGCAGCCCCCUCAGCCUGUGAGCCACCCUUGUGUUACUGGCCCAGCGGACAUUACAUUCUUUGGCAAGAGGCGCAGCUACAAUGUGACAGGUCUUCAGCCAUAUUCUGCUUAUGAAGUUAGAGUAGCGUGCUUUAACAACAUGGGCAGCACCGCCUCCAACUGGACCACCGUCAUCACGCUCAGUGAAGCUCCACAGUACGUGUCGCCGCUGUCGGUCGGCAGCAACCUGACAGUCAUUUGGCUGGACUGGACGGGCUCCUUCUCCCUGAACGACUACCUCAGGGAGUAUACGGUGACCGAGAGCCAGCUCAGGAUCUACAGUGGCUUCCACAGCUACCUCCAUGUUCCACGCACAUCACAGAAAACGCUGUCAUUUCAGGUGACUUGUACCACAGACAGUGGCAGUGCCACCACUCCCACUGUCAGAUAUAGCCCUGCUUCAGGCCUAGGUCCUGUUGAUCCAGAAGACACAAGUAAAGAGGGAGCGAGUAUGUCAGCAGCACCAAUCUACUCUGAGCUGUGGUUCAUUUUGCUGUUUGCGCUGCUGGGUCUCUUCUUGCUGGCCAUCCUGUUGGGCCUUCUGCUGCAAAGAACUCUGAGGAAGAAUCCUUCAGCCAGAGAUCGCCCUCCCCUGGUCAUGCUUCAGAAGAGCAGGAAGGCUGCAGGAGAAACAUACACGUUUGACACUGUAGCAGGCUGUGUUGAGAUCAAGAACGUAACGCUUAAAAGCUACACUGUGUACACGGAGGGCCUGUCAGACACCAAGAUAGUGGGCGACAGCUCUGCAUUCCACCCUAUGUCCGUCCUGAGGGUCCCCAGGCAAACGGACCUGACUCAGGCCUACUCCGAUCAUCCCUUGCACCACAGCCUCACCCAGCUGAUUGACAGGAAGGCUCCGGUGACAGAAGAGGGCUGCUGGGACAACCCUCUGGAACCAGCACUGUAUGUGGAGGAAGACUUUGCAGAUGCCAUCAAGUCUUUAAGUUGUGUGAGAAAGGAGCACGCCACCUUCACUGACACACAUCUUUGAGACGCUGCACCCAAUCAGCCACCGGCAGAGUGAGGAUGACGAUGUGCAGGUAUAAAGUUGUCAAAAGGAAUCUAACAGUGUAAGCAGAGGAAAACAAUGGAACAUUUACUGUAGUUAGUACAAGUGCUAAGAACCACAUGCUUAAAUGAACUAACAUCUGUGAGUCUGUGUUGAUUAGAAGUAGAAGCAGCGUGCACAUGAUGUACUGUGGUAGAAAAUAACAAUGUUGUGUACGGAGCUUGAAUAUCACCUCAUUCGUUGACUUUUAGAUUUAGAUUUUAGAUAUAGUUUUCAGUAGAUUUCCUUCCUCAUUUAAAUACCUGUCGUCUUGUCGCUGACCGUCAUGACUUCUAAUGGCCUUCCUGUUAGUAUGUUUCGAUUUUUAAUGCCAACUUUUUUUUUUCCACCAAUGUAAACAAUGUAUUUUGUUUUCGUUGAGAUAAAGUGAGAUCAUUUUUUAUUGUAUAAACGUUUCUAUAAACAGUUUUGUCUUGGAAGGAGCAAAACAUCCUGUUAGAACUUAGCUGUGUUGUGUAUUAUAAUGUGUACAUUAAUCCUCCAGUAGUUAUUAGAUGGAAUUGUUGUUAUUCUGCACAAAAUUUAAGCCUAAUGCAUUGUCAUGACAUUGUUUUUUUUGUUUUUUUUACUGUGGCAGUAUUAUCUGUUUGCUGUAUAUGAAUCAUUAUUUAUAGAUAAAGUCAAAUAUAAGUGAU